GGCGGGCUGGCAGUGUUAUCGAAGAAGUGCCAUCUCUAGCGGCCAUCAACAGGAGAUUGCGCGGAAUUUCGGGAAUUAAGAGUAUUUUUAUAGAUCCACACUUCCUAAUCGAAACCCCACCUAAUUGACGCCACUGACUUGUCCAGUCAAAAGCCAAACAGUUUUACCACAAAUUACUAGAUAAAAUGAAUUCCACGCAAAGCCCAGUUUACCACACUUCCGUGGAGCAGAAGCGCCAUGCUCAAGAUGUGGCCAAAAGGCAGCGCAUGGGAAUGCAAAUGCCCAGGCUGCGUGAAAUGCUGCGAGAGAAGUACCGCAAGCGCAUUAUAGAGACCCGCAAUAAGUGCACGGACGCCAAUCGCGAAAUACAACUGUCGGAACUCAGGGACAUCCUAAGGCUGGAGCUCAGCGAGUUGGAAAAGGAUGUGGAGCUGGAGCAGCUCAUCCUAGAGGAACUACUUGCCGAUGUGAACGAGUGGUAUGCCCUGGGUGAAAAGAACCUGGAAACCCUAUACGUUGAGCCGGAUGAAAAGCCAAGAGAUGUCCUGUGCCCAGUUUGCCAGAUAAAAAGCCUAAGACGCCACAAAGCUGGCUUCAAUUGCGAGUGCGGCAUCCAGUUUGAGCACUCUGCCAAUAUGGAGCAGCUGCAGGUACUCCUACAACAGCAAAUCGCCAACCACGAGCUCAACUGCACCCAGGCUCUACGAUUCUUCAUCGAGCCCUCUUCGGGACACCUAUACAACAUGUGCGGCAGCUGCGACUACUUUUCGUCUGUUUAGUACAUGCUUGCACCUUGUUUUUGAAACGCUGGUUGUGUCAAGUAUACGAUCUUAUAUGUUAAUUCAUUUUUUUAGGUAGGGUAAGCAAAUGCAAAACCAUUUUUGUUGUUCUGAUAGAGAUUUGAACUUCUUAAGUCUUUUAUUCUUAUCAGCUCAUACUACCAGUGACCUACAAUCUGUGGGCGCUCUCAUUUAAUUUGGAAGAGAUGAUAAUAUAUGAAGAAACUUGAAGUUCGUUCUUAUGGCAGUGAUAUUCGUAGUAAUAUUUUCUAAUAGGAAAUUACAAAUAUUUAUCUAAUAAGAGUUCCUCUAAUGUUACCUAACUCUUCUUUCCAAUAGAAAUUCAAGCAGUCUUAUAUUCUAUGAGGUUCAUUCUUAUUAUGGAGAUACGUUCUCAUUUCUGAUAAAUGAUAAAUUAAUAAUUAGGCUUUUGAGUUACUCUAUAACCUUGAUGAUUUUGUAAAAUAUUAUAAUCAUUUAUUGUUUGUUUUUGAUUGUCACUGAAAUAAGAGCUACAAAACAUAUACCUAAGACCUGAAAUAUUUAUGAUAACAAUGUUUGAAUGCACCUAUAUAUAUGAAUAAUAAUCUUUAAUUGAUGAAAA